AUGCAACGAAACAUCACCAUCGUUGUGAUCCUCAUCCUGAUCUUCAUUCUGAUUGCGGUUGGCGCUCUGAUUGCCUAUGCCAUGAAACACCAACUCGGGCCAUUCGGAGGCAAGCGAGUCUCCGACGAGGAAAGCGAGGGCGGCGAUGUCAUUGUCUAUCGACAAUUCGCUCCGGCUUCAAAAUCUUCGAAAUCCGGGGUCUGGAUGGCUGUCCUGCCCAUCCCCAGCUUCUAG